GCUCUGUUUGGUUUCAGGUAUUUUAACCUGCUAAAGACAAGAAGAAGGGUUUGCCACAUAGUUCCAAAGGUCUUCCACUUACCACAGCUGUCAGAGAAAGCAAAAUGAUCGAACCCAUUGGGAAUCAGUAUGUCGUGGCCAGGCCAGUAUAUUCUGCAAAUGCUUUUGGGGAAGAACAUAAGAAGAUAAAAAGACAUCAUAAGACAUUUCUGGAUCGUCUCAAACUGUGUUGUAGCUGUUCCACUCAAAAGGCCAAGAAGAUUGCCCUUUCUUUGUUCCCCAUAGCAUCUUGGUUGCCAGCAUAUCGGAUAAAGGAAUGGCUACUCAGUGACAUUGUCUCUGGAGUCAGCACGGGGCUGGUAGCUGUACUGCAAGGUUUAGCAUUUGCUCUGCUGGUCAACAUCCCCCCACGCUACGGGUUGUAUGCAGCCUUUUUCCCAAUCAUAAUCUACUUUUUCUUGGGCACUUCUAGACACAUAUCUGUGGGUCCAUUUCCAGUUCUGAGUACGAUGGUGGGAGCAGUAGUUGUGAGAAUAACUUCAACAGCCAAUACAGCUGCUCUGACAGCCUCUAAUAGCUCAACGAGUAAUGAUUCAUUGUCCACAGAUGAACAGAGUGUGAUGGUGGCUGCAACGGUCACAAUCCUUUCUGGAAUCAUCCAGUUGCUCCUGGGGGUUCUGCGAAUUGGAUUUGUGGUGAUAUAUCUAUCUGAGUCCCUAAUCAGUGGCUUCACCACAGCUGCUGCCAUUCAUGUUGUGGUUUCCCAACUCAAAUUUAUUCUUCAGCUGACCGUCCCAGCACACACAGAUCCAUUUUCAAUUUUCAAAGUACUAGAAUCCGUAUUCACACAAAUAGGGAAGACUAAUAUUGCAGACCUUGUGACAUCCUUGAUUAUCCUCGUCGUUGUAUCUGUGUUUAAAGAAAUAAAUCAACGCUACAAAGCCAAACUUCCAGUGCCCAUCCCAAUUGAAUUCAUCAUGACUGUGAUCGCGGCAGGUGUAUCCUAUGGCUUUGACUUCAAAAACAGGUUUAAUGUGGCUGUGAUUGGGGAGAUGAAAAGUGGGUUUCAGCCCCCUAUCACACCUGACCCGUGGAUUUUCCAAGAAACCAUCGGAGACAGCUUUGGCAUUGCCAUUGUUGGCUUUGCGGUGGCCUUUUCAGUUGCCAGUGUCUAUUCCGUCAAACAUGAUUAUCUGAUUAGUGGCAAUCAGGAGUUAAUAGCCUUGGGAUUGGCUAACAUAUUCAGUGGAUCAUUCAGAGGAUUUGCCUCCAGUACCGCCCUCUCCAGAUCUGCGGUUCAGGAGAGUACUGGAGGCAAAACGCAGGUUGCUGGGCUUCUCUCUGCUGUCAUUAUACUGAUUGUGAUUGUAGCCAUUGGAUUUCUGCUGGAGCCACUACAAAAGUCUGUCCUGGCAGCCUUAGCACUUGGAAACUUAAAGGGAAUGCUGAUGCAGUUUGCUGAAAUAGGAAGACUGUGGCGAAAGGAUAAGUACGAUUGUCUAAUUUGGGUCAUGACCUUCAUCUUCGCCAUUGUCCUGGGACUCGGCUUAGGCCUGGCAGCCAGCGUAGCGUUCCAGCUCCUGACCAUUGUGUUCAGAACCCAAUUUCCAAAAUGUAGCACACUGGCUAAUGUUGGAAGGAGCAACAUCUAUAAGAAUAGAAAAGAUUACUCUGACAUGUAUGAACCGGAAGGAGUAAAAAUUUUCAGAUGUCCAUCUCCUAUCUACUUUGCAAACACCUUUUUCUUUAGACAGAAACUUAUCGAUGCUGUUGGCUUUAAUCCACUACGAAUUCUACGCAAGCGCAACAAAGCUUUAAAGAAAAUCCAAAAAAUGCACAAGAAAGGCCUGAUACAAGUGACACCAAAAGGAUUUAUAUGUACCGUUGAUGACUUUAAAGAUUCUGAUGAAGAGCUAGACAACCGUGCAAUAGAAGAACUGGAUCAGCCAAUCAGUACCACAGACCUUCCCUUCCAGAUAGACUGGAAUGCUGAUCUUCCUCUCAACAUUGAGGUCCCUAAAAUCAGCCUGCAUAGCGUUAUUCUUGACUUUUCAGCAGUGUCAUUUCUUGAUGUUUCUUCAAUGAGGGUUCUCAAAAAGAUUUUUCAAGAAUUUGUCAGGAUCAAGGUAGACGUGUAUAUUGUUGGAACUGAUGAUGACUUCAUUGAGAAGCUUGCUCGGUGUGAAUUUUUUGAUGAUGAAGUCACGGACUCAAUGUUUUUCUUAACCAUCCAUGAUGCUGUUUUGCAUAUUUUGAUGAAGAAGGAUUACAGUACUUCAAAGUUUAACUCCAGUCAGGAAAAAGAAAUAAAAUCUGAUUUUACCAUAAAUACAAAUGGAGGAUUACGUAAUCGGGAAUGUCAGGUACCACUUGAAACAAGAUUCUAAUCAAAAUAUAAUUCAGAGGGAUCUUCAUCUGAUUGUCACAUAAAGAACAACUUAAAGAACAACCAGAAAGUUAUUGAUAAAUUCAUACAUUGUAUGAAGGAUAUUUUUGUUUGACAGAAUUACGUUUCAAACUUUGGAACAAGAUUGUUCUAGAUUGGGAUAUUUUUCACAUAUUUAAUAUAAAAUUGUGUAAAUACUCUUAAUUUUGUACCUUGUAGAUUUAUCAAAGGAAGAAAAUUAUUUUGUUUAUAUGUAUUUUUAUAGCACAGACAGAUUUCCAUCCAAGUCACUACCUUUGUGCAUAUGUUUUGCAGUAUAUUUACACCACUGCUUUGAAUCUCAUAAUUUAUGCUGUUCACACUAAUAUAUCUCCAUGUUUAAAAAUUCAGUUGUACAGUAGAUAUGUCUUGUUUUAUUAAAUUUCUUGUCAGCUUUCUGAAACAUGCUUGCUGUGGGUCCCCUUCAUAGCAUUCUGACUAGAAACCUCCUACAUGGGAAUCUUCUAAACCUCCUGCAAUGACACUUCUUUGCCCAGAUUUUAUGAUUAUCACUAUAGCUUUUUAAAGUGUUGGGGCCCAGGACAGGCUGUCUCAAGAAGUUCCACAGUGGCAUAUUGACUAUUUUGAGUUAAAGUUACUUAAAAAG